GUGAGACGGUGCUGGACAGAAAAUAGCGGAAGGGAUAAAACAUUAACUUUUUAUGAAGAAUUUUGGCCUUCAUGAUGCCACGAUGCAAGUGUUCGACACAGAUAAUACCCGCCACCGUUGCCUGGUCCUUACUUUUGGGUGCUACGACCCUGUUUUUCGUAUUUGGGUGCCCAUACUUGAUGAUGACAUAUACGAUAGCCAUCCCAAUAUACCAAGGCCUCCUGACGUUAUUCGUGGUCGCCAACUUUGCCAUGGCCACGUUUAUGGAUCCGGGGGUUUAUCCGAGGGCUCAUGAAGACGAAAUCCGAGAUGAUGACUUCCGAGCCCCUUUGUAUAAAAAUAUUGAUAUUAAUGGUAUUACUGUGCGGAUGAAAUGGUGUACAACAUGCCAGUUUUAUCGACCUCCAAGAUGUUCUCAUUGCAGUGUUUGCAAUAAUUGUAUAGAGACGUUCGACCACCAUUGUCCGUGGGUGAACAACUGUGUGGGACGGAGAAACUACCGCUACUUCUUCCUCUUUCUUGUGUCAUUAGCCGUUCACAUGGUCAGCAUAUUUGCCUUGUCUCUUGUAUAUGUCCUAGAUCACAAAAAUACGUUAGUUACUCUUCAUAAUAUUGUGUGUAUGUGUGUUAUGUGUCUGAUUGGUAUUCUGAUAGUUCCAAUCUGUGGUUUGACGGGAUUCCAUUUUAUACUUGUGUCGAGAGGGAGGACAACAAAUGAGCAGGUUACCGGAAAAUUCCGUGGAGGACACAAUCCCUUUACAAGAGGCUGUAAAUUAAAUUGCCAAUAUACACUGUGUGGUCCACAGUGGCCAAGGUUGUAUGGCAGAAAGUUCCGGCGUCACACUGUAGACAUGAAUAACAUAAACUUAGAAUUAACUACUAAAGUGUCGCAUGUCGUCGGUGACAACGAUGUCAAAAUCUACAUGGAUAACAGCAACGGAAUACAAAAGUCGUCACAUUCUUACAACAAGGUAGCCUUCUGUGCAAAUGAAGAAUUUAGCACAUCACAACAGGGAUUCAUAAUGCAGCGGAGCCUAUCUUUAGAAGAUGAGGAUGGACUUCAGAGCGUUUCAAGAGACUGUGACCCAUCGUCACCAACAGGUGCACCCAAAACAGACUCUUACGUUAACCUGUAUGACUCGUCACGAGAUAUCAUUGCCGGUACCUAUCACCAUGGCAGACGCAAUGAUUCGCCUCAAGUGCAUAAAUCACGCAGCGGCAGGAGCCCACCUCGGUCAAAAUCAGCUGAUCUUCUCGCCCAAGUUCCGGCAGAGAAAUUUGUUGCCCAUGGCACCCCACCAGUAGUGAGUGGCCGGCCUCCAAUCAGUUAUACUGAUCGAGCUCCAGCGUCCAGAUCUACUGCUCAAAUUUCCUUCCAGUCACCAGGUGGUGCAGUGAGACAGUCUAAUAGCAGAGACAAUAAGUUGCGGUCCCUAGAUCGUGAUCGCCAGCCACCUAGGCCGGCUGCUGAGUUUGGUGCAGUCUCCAGUCGGACGCUUCCAAACCGAACUUCAGAUCCUAGUUAUAGACCAAAGCCUAGUGUUAGUGAAGGCCAUUUGGCAGGGAGAACAAUUCAGCAGGCCCCCCAAGAGGGUACAUUCCCUCGACGCCCGAUGUCUUUUGUCAAAGCAUUAGAAAUGUCUGAGACAGUCGAGUUGCAGGAACCUGUGCGGCAGCCAAGGAAAGCACCUGCACCUCCGGUGCGGCAACCCCAAACACAGCCAAGGGGCGAAGGCAGCACGAUCAAUAUCUAUGGAUCAAGUUACGAAAUAUCUGUGUGAACAAACCUUGGGACUGUUAAAUUUGUUUUGGUUGUCCAAAGUAGUUAUAUAGUUCACCUCAUUCCCAGGAGCUUAAAGCUGCCUGAAUAUAUGUUUAGGUAGGCCACUGGCACCCUGGUAAUGUGGUAACUUAAAUGAUUAUCUGAGGCACUCGGUGUUCAAAACCCAAGGUGUCCGGUUGAGUAGAAAUCGGCACCACUUUUAACGUUACGAAUCAUUUUUACUUAAGGUUACAUUUUAAGUACAUGUAGUUUCUGACAAUGUUACUUCUACUGUAUGCCUUUUUCCAGAGAGAGCAGUGCCAAACAGACGUACCUGAUUACUUUUUCAUCACCCUUUGUACAGGGGCAUACAGUAGGGUUUUAAUUUGCCUGUACAUAGCAGCAUACAGGAGAUUGAGUGAUCGGAAAUUAAUAAAAGUGUUUCAUAUCGAAAAUGACCUAUUCUUCAUUAGAUACUUAUAAAUGGUCUUUGAAUUGAUGUAUGCAGUUGAGGGCCAUUCAUGAAGUUUUUUUCUUGCAAAAGUUGGGGUGGGCUUGAUGAUUUUCAAUUUCAAUACAAUUUGCUUUUAUUUAUAUGCAUGGAUAGCCUGUUUAAGAUUAAAUGCCAAGUUCCUGCAGUAGAAAACGGAUUAUCAAGAUAGUGAUAAAUUAUGGUGCCCAAUUGAUAGGGCUGUAUUGCGUGGGGAAUAGAUCUCCAGUUAUAAUAGACCCGCCCAAUCGUUGUGACUGGUGAAUUGAGGGCUGUAAAGAGUGCAAUUUCACCCCUCUAAAAUUUGGAUUUGGGUGAGUCUAUUGUGGCCCGUAAUCGAUGUAUUCAUUCGAUUGGGCACCAGGUCUGAGUGGCCUUUUUCUGUUACUCGGCUUUGCGCAUAUCAGCACUUAUUGUAGCUCAUUCUUCAUCAAAUACUUUUUCGCAUACUAUUACUAUUUAUGGUGUAGUUUAGCUAUUUUUUGGUUUGAUGACCAAAUGAUACACCAGUGUACAGGUAUUUGUUUGAAUUGUAGAUUUGAAUGCUUGUAUUAAAUUCCUGCCAAAUUUUGUCUUGUGCUCAACUUUGGCAAAAAAAUUGUCUGCAUCAUUUCCUGGAAAUGCAAUAUUUAUGUACAAGUUAAAGAAGCUUGUUUUUACCAGUAGACUUGGAAGUAUUUAGGACAAUUUGAUGAAUUCUAAAUCUCCUACUUGGACACAUAGCAUAUUAUGAAAUUUUGUUUGUUUAUUUAGUGGUGCCUUCAUCAGCAAUUUAUUGCUCAACUUUGGCAAAAAAAUUGUCUGCAUCAUUUCCUGGAAAUGCAAUAUUUAUGUACAAGUUAAAGAAGCUUGUUUUUACCAGUAGACUUGGAAGUAUUUAGGACAAUUUGAUGAAUUCUAAAUCUCCUACUUGGACACAUAGCAUAUUAUGAAAUUUUGUUUGUUUAUUUAGUGGUGCCUUCAUCAGCAAUUUAUUGACAAUGAUGUAAAGGAUUUCUUUAUAGCAUGAUUGCGACAGGCCUACCUUUUCAGAAAAAUAAAUUGCUAUGUGUUUGCCAGCACUGAGUCGAUGUCUAAGAUGAAAGUGAUUUGAACUCGCAAUUCUCAGGCCAAAGUAGUUAAAAAGUAUUUGUUGUUGAUAGACAUUGUGCCAGAAGUAAUUUUAUCUGUUUGUAAAAUAAUGAUUGAAAUCCAAUUAUGUUGUGUACAUUUAAAAGGAAUUGAGGAUCACCCAUUUAUUACUCCUUGAUUGCUAUGGUGGUAUAUUGUGGACAUACCAAAUGUUUUGGGUUAUGAGCUCCUACAAUGAGGUUGCAAACCUUGAUGGGCUGAUAGUUGACGUGUUGAGAUAGAUCUGGGAGGAAGAGGUAAAUUUUGCCAUACAAAACGAAAAGAUUUGUAUAUCUGUAUGAUGGUUGAUCACAGUGGCCAAUCACGACGAAUAUACUGGUUAGGGAGACAACAAAUCCGCUAGAAACUUUCAUGGCUAGUAAAAUUGGGGGGGGGGGGGGGGAGAUGAUGCACCUCUUUAAACUACAGGCAGUAGUCUUAUUAUGGCCCAGAACCAGUUUUUAUGUAUAAAAUUGGCCACUGUGUUUAUGUUGUUUGAUGGCAACAAUGGUAGGACCAUAUGUGAUACAUCUUUAACCAGGUUUGAUUAUACUGUGUAGCCUGCCAUUUGUACAGGAUGCUGAAUGCUGCCAUUAGUGGGUUUUGUUUUAGUGCUAAUGCCCUUUCUGUCAUUUGUACCAGUCCAAGUGUUCUUCAAUCAUAUUUUUUUACCGGGUGGUUCAAGUUUAGGUUUCAACUGCAAAUGGAAUUGUCUGCGAAUCCUCAUUUUUAAAAAAAUUUGGUCAAAGCAAGAUUAAUAAAGGCCAGUCUUUGUCUUUCGCAAGGGCAAGUGAUGUUAAGUAAACUGAUAGAGUGUGGGUCUUCAAUUAGAUAUAAGAAGAGGAGAUACAUUUUUUGAUUGAAUGAGAUCAAGGUACGGUAUAUGGGGCUUUAUCUUUCUAAACUGGGUACUUUUGUGUAGCACCAGCUUUUUAAUCAUAUUCGCAUGAACAUUGUGAUAAUCUAAAGCUUUGUUAUUAAAGGAAGUAGAUUCUUGUAUGUGUGUACACAAUGUAUUUAUUUGUAAUUAGCUUUUAUACUCCCUUUCUUGAUAAAAGAAAACUGGCGAUACUAAUUUCAUUGUUGCUAUCAAUUGCCAAAAAGCAGUAUUUUAUGGCUAUUAAAGUGCUCCAGUACUAAAAUGUCCGUUCACAUGUUUGAGAGCAUAAGGAUCCUUGUCCAGCUCUGCAUUACUUAUUUAUCAAUUCAGAUUAGGCUGAAUGAUUAUAUUUGUUGGCCACAAGCAGAUGACAGACAGUAAAAGGCAUAUUGUGUGUGUGAUUAAUUAAAUUGCCUCUCUGUAUUAACUAGAAGUUUUUCAUGUCAAAUGGCAUUGCAUCUCGUUUUCUAAAAUCUCACUGGAGUUUUCAGCUGUUUUUCCCGAGAACACUACAGUUUUACAAACUGUCUGUUUAUCCCUUUCGUUGCUGUCCAUUUUGGUCACUGAUAUAUCGGAAGGACCUAAACCGACCUGUCAUAUUUUAGCUUCCCAUCCACACACCUCAGAAGCCACAGUAAGGAUCUCACCCUUAGUUUUGUGCAUCUUUCAUAGAUGGCAGCACUGUGACUUGUGUAGAGUGGGUGAAAAGUAAAAGGGUGUGUACUGUUCUGUGGGUCAGUUGUGCUGAAGGGGUGUUAUCUAUGUACCGCUCUGUGGGUCAAUGGUAGCGAAAGGGAUAAUUAGCCUAAACUCAAGCUUACCCUUUAGGCUUAGAGUAGUAUUUUUCACUGCACUUUUGUACAUUUGUAUUAAUCCCUUGUGCUCAGGUACCUGCACUUCAUAUCCAUCUUGCCUAGCCACUUUCAACUGUGUGAUUAUGAUGGUAGUUAUUUGAUAAGCCUCUGUAGGAGACUAUUGUAUAUGUAUAUUAUGUUCUUGGUAAAAGGGGAUUAGUGGCAGGAGCUGAGGGAUCCAAUUGGCUCCUUCCUAUAGUCCCCAGUUAAUGUCCAUGGAUUUGGGAUGCCAGAGUAAAAUACAAAGUUACAAAUAUGUACCUCCCGUGUAGAUGAGGGGAAUACUAUUUCAUAUUAGAAAUCCUGCUACUGUUGAGCUUGAUGCCACUAUCCCCUCCAAACAGUCUUAAUUGCCAUCAGUAACUGACGAAACACCUUUGAUGUUAUGUUUUGUCAAAAAAUGUACAUUGUUGAUAUAUAACUCAUGUGCAUAGCUCUACACCAUGUGAACAUUUGUAUCACCCGGCCUAUAAAUGUGCUUGAAGAAGAUUCUGUUCAAGUUAGUAGAUAUGUCAUCAAUCAGUUGAUAAUUUGUGUUCAUACUUUUGGGGUUUGCUGGUGGAGGGAAAUUUUGUAAGAGUAUGAGAUAAAUUUAAGAUUUGUUCAUACAUUCCAUUCAAUUUUCUCUCAGAUGAGAUCCUGCCCUUACUUUUGAGUCGAUUUUAUUUCAGGUUGUAGAAUUGACUUCUGAAUCUAGAGCUGUGAGCUAUCUGAAGAGAGAUUCCAAUUAUCAAUCGCAAAAGAAGAGCACCUGCCCAAUGUGGAAGGAUGGCAUUCAGCAGUUUGUCAAUUUACUUGAGUAAUCAUCUUGACUUGCAGUGGUUUGGUUCUUCUGCUAAUGCAUGAAGUCGUAUUGUCUUUAUGACAUGGUCACUGCAUCUUGGGUCCUACAUCUAGGAUGUUGAGUACCGGAAAUAGGUUUUCUUGCUCGACUGAAUGUAAACAUUUUAUAUUCAAUGGGGUGAAU